UUUAUAAAACAAAUGCAACAAUCAUUAUGAUUUAUUACCCAUAUCUAUUGCGUAUAUAAUACACUGAGUCUUAAUCUCAAAAAGCAAAAAAUAGAGAACCACUUCUCACUCGCGAGUCCACAUUUUUUCCAACUCCAUCGUGCCCACAACUUACACCGAUUCAUGGGUAGGUUAUUUCUCAUCAAUUUGGAAGGUAGGAUCUAUACCUGCAAAUUCUGUCACACUCAUCUUGCUUCAUACGAAGACAUCCUUUCCAAGACUUUUCACUGCAGACAUGGGAAAGCUUAUCUCUUCAAUAAGGUUGUGAAUGUUUCUCCUGGCGAAACAGAGGAGAGGCACAUGAUGACUGGGUUACAUACUGUGGCUGACAUUUUUUGUGUCGGUUGUGGAUCGAUUGUGGGUUGGAAAUAUGAAACUGCUCAUGAAAAAGAUCAGAAGUACAAGGAAGGAAAAUCUGUGCUUGAACGGUACAAGGUGUCGGGUCCUGAUGGUAGCAAUUAUCGAAUCAACAAUGGAGCACAUGUUGGCGGAAGCGAUGCAGAUGAUAUAUAGUCAUUCAUCCCACCACAUCACCAUUCCUAAUUCAUCAUAUUUGGAUGAAGAAAGUCUUUCGAGUGCCAUGGCGUCCUGUAUCGUCAAGUAAAUGUAAAUGUAAUGUAUUGAAAUUGAAAUAAAACACUUUUGAAAACUAUGUAUUAAUCUAACCUAAUCUUUUGUUGGUUGAUUUCAA